CCGCGAGAAUAGUCGGAAGUACUAUCGUUAAAUUUCCACGUUAUUUCGGAUUUCCCGUAAAUCAAUCAUGGACGUCGAGGGUAAAAUCGCGCUCCUUACCGGCGGGGCAAACGAAAUGGGGUUCUGCACCACCUGGAAUCUCUUUCGAAAUGGACCGAAGAUUUCUUGUACUUCGAACCAGAAUGGACAUCAACGGCACAAUCGCAGCGGUCUUUGGCGGUGCCAGCGGAAUCGGCUUGAAAACCAUUGUAGAGCUGCUGAACCGCAAUGCCAAGGGCGUCACCAUCUUCGAUUUGCCAUCGCCAGCGGUGGAAGACGCGGUUGCGAAGUUGCAAAGUCAAUUCGAUAAGAACCGUGUCAUUUUUAUUCCGUGCGACGUCACAGUACAGGACCAAGUGAACGAUGGCUUUAAGAAAAUGAUCGCAACAUUCGGAAGCGUAGACAUCGUGAUCAAUAGCGCGGGAGUCGCUGACGAUACUAAGAUCGAUCUGAUGAUCAAUAUUAACCUUGGCGGUGUAAUUCACACGUCGGUGGCUGCCAUGCAGAACAUGGGGAAACAUAAUGGGCACAAAGGAGGCGCGUUGUUAAACAUAGCGUCCGUGGCUGGUCUCGUACCUGUUCCGUUCAUCCCGACGUACACUGCAUCGAAAUAUGGCAUUGUUGGUUUCAACUCUGCUAUACAGAAAAACUUCGGAAAAACCGGCGUUCGCGUCUUGACGAUUUGUCCAGGCCUGACCAACACGUCUUUGGCAAUGAAGUUGAUGAGCAAACAGAAACUGGACUUCGUUGACUAUGAAAACGUGUUUACGCACGCUGACCAAGUCAUUUGGCAGGAAACGGAUAUAGUUGCAAAAACUAUAGUCGACUUAUUUGAAAGGGGAGAAAAUGGAGCCAUAUGCGUCGUCCAGAAUUCAGAACCACCGUAUCUCGUCGACCCCCCUAAAAUACACGAUUUGCCGAGACGUCCGUUUUAA